GUGUCUUUGGGAGUUGCUGGUCUCCGAUGCGCGCAGUAGCAGUGUUUAUUUACGUACGCCAUCGUCGUGCGAUUAAUUGAUCGUGAGUUCGCGCGUCUCUGAAACUCGGAUUCGACGCGGACGCCGUUCGUCAUCGUUAUCCGCCAACGCCCGCGAAGUGGCGAACGCGAACUGUCAAAGCGACAAGAGGGAGAAGGCGAGAGAUCGUAACAAGGCCGCGGGAUAAUCGCUCGCUACGCCAUCGUCAUCGUGUAUCGGUUCCAUCCUAUGUCGUCAUCGUUGUCCCUGCUGCCUGCAUUCUAACCUAUCCGAGAUCCAUCGUCGCAGUUUGUUGUGUUUAUUCUCGACCUUUCCGAAAUACGCGCCUGUCAAAUCCGUGAUGCUACGCUCUCGCUGAAAAUAGCUCGCAGCCAAGUGACCGAGUAUGGGCGACGAGGACGACGUGCUGCCGGCGCGUCUGCAGAGGCUCGAGAUUGAUCGUCGUUCGACGAGUUGCCCGCACAUUGCAGCGACAGACAAAUCAAAGGUGAUAAAUCUAUUCAAGAUAUUUGGCGAGACUUCUGAUAGCAGUUACUUAUUUCGAAGGAGAUCAAUGCCCAACAGGCCUACUAUGUUCUCAGUCAAUCCAAAGGGCAUUAAAAGUACAACGAACUUCAAGCCGUCUAAAAAUGAAAGAGCGGAGAAAACCAAGAGGAGCAUUGUCCUUAGGGAGGCUAUUCUAAAGUUAAGCGAUCUUCAUGAUGUUUCGGUUGAUACGCUGUUCAAGGACACAUGUAAACUUAGUAUUCCUACUAAAAAUUCCAAAAUAAUUGAUAAAUCAGUCAUGAAGGACUUCAAGGCGCUGAAAAUCAGUAAAGAUUGUAGACAGGCCAAGGACGACACUAACAUUCAAGAUGAUGAGUGCGAGCCCGGCAGUUUUCAGCGUGCUCGCAGUAACACGAUGCCGAAUCUAAAGAGGGGUCCUGGUCCAGGUGGUGGAGAACAACGAACGGCAACCGGUCAGUCAGAUGUGAGUAGCAGCUCGUCUGGCCAACAAUUGUCGAGUUCGCCGAACACUUGCUCGGUACAAGCACGUAUAUCACCACCUUCGUCGAGCGAUGUCACGAUCGGUGAAUUAGCCGGUUACUUCGAAGAGUUCGUCCAUAUUCCAAAGAAGAUGUCACAUAUGGCGGAGAUGAUGUACACUUAACUGUAAAGUAUCUUGAAUUAUGCAUGUAUCACAGAUAUAAACUUUCUUUCCACGCACAGUUAUUUCAAGCUGUGUCUAUUUCAUUCUCUAUACGAUAUCAUAUCUCUGUUUGUUUAUGUCUAAUUUAAUUCACUAAAUUAUUUUAAUAUACUUAUAACAGACAAUAUUGGCAAAUGAAGAAGAAAGCAAAAGGAUAUUUUUACUUUUGUUUCAAUUUGUGUAUAGUAUCUCUAAAUUAUUAAUAUAUAUCAUGUACAUUUUACAAUAUAGCGAGAUAUCGAUAUACUUUUUUUUUAGUAUUUCUUUAUCUUUCAUUAUCUGUGCACUAUUUUUUUCUUUAGUAUAUAAAAGGGAAUAUGGAAUAUUAUAUUAUCUGUAUUUAAAAAAAAACUUUUGUAUUAUGAGAGAGAAGAGUAAUUGGUUUUAGAAUAAAUUACAUAAACUGAAAAAUA